AUGUCAGGCACCAUAAAUAUCAAGGGUAAAAACUACUCUAUCGAAGGACUCACCAAAGACGCGGUGGGUAUCGCCCAGAUGCUCGCAGAAAAGGCAAGGCUUUACGACGCUGUAGCAGCAGUCAGGGAUCUGAGCGCAGAAGACGAUAAGGAGAUCCAGACGCAGAUCCACGCUCAACUCAUCCUCCCCGAUUUCAUCAUUCGCGCUGAGUACAUGGCGUUCGCCGCGAAUUCUCUUCAUUUGCUGGGUGCCAGGCUACGGCACACCAGCCUGCAGUACCAGCCCAAGCUCUUCGCGACAUAUGUGCAAAUCUUCACCAUCCUCCCCGAACCCAAGUUGAACCCAUUCCUCCGGAAAUACUUGCAAGACAAGGAUCUUGUACAGGGGCUUGGGAAUCAAAUCGGACGUGCGUUCCUUGAUGGCGUCCCAUGGAGAAAGCCUAGUGGACCAGGUCACAUAUGCACGUUGCUCAUGAACAUGCUCAUAUGGUGUGAUCCGAGCCUGGGGGACGAUGGAAAGGCAUGUAUAGACACGGUCGUGAGGGAGGGGCUGUUUAAGAAGACAAAGGCAUUACAAGAAACGAGGGGGUUCGAAAACAUCGAUGAAUUCCAACGCAUGGAAGUCGCGCGCUGCAAUGGGAUGCUCAGUGCUAUCGAAGAAUUGCCGGACAGUCUAUACGUGACAUCGACGCGUCAACAUCUACUUGGACAACUGGAUGGCUGUGGCAAUCUGGAAUGUGGAGAAGACGCGACGUUGACUUGCUCGAGGUGCAAGGGCGCCAGGUAUUGCGGCCGCGACUGUCAGACGGAGGCGUGGAAGGAGCACAAGCUGUUCUGUUUCGCUCCUGCGUUCUGA